AAUAUUAGACGUAUGCGCUACUAAUCCUCGUGUAGUAUGAGUUGUUGAUUACAUUUUUGUUUCCAUCAGCUGUAUAUUAUAUAUACAUUGAUUUGCCUAAUUGCAAUUUAUAUUUGUAUUUGAUAUGGUAGAUGCUUUGAUAUCUUUAUGACCGUGAUAAUCUCUAACAUAAUAUGGAAGCAACAGUUGUUACUCCAAUAAAUGCAUCUUCCUUUUCGCGUCAUUUUUCUAUACCUUAUGAACAAGUAAAAGAUCAACGAUGUCCGGAAGUAACUAUUGCUGUAAAUCCGCAUAUAGGAUGGUAUAAAUCAAGUGCUGACCGUAAAAUGUUUCCGUUUCUCAGUACAAAGAAUCCAAUCGAACCAGAUAUCAAAGCAGAGGAUUGUAUUUUAUACAAGAUGGUAACAAAUUAUGAGGAUGUAUUUUAUUGCCGUCGUACACCUGAAAACGAAUCAAUACGUCUGCUGUACUGUUCUCAUGCUUUAAAUCAUUCACUUAGGUGUCAGACGCUUGUAUCGAAGAAUAAUGAAAAAGAAAAACAAUUUGGUGCAUCUGAUUCUUUACGAGAUCAAGGAUUUCACCGGGCACGUACUCUUAUUUUAGCACCAACUAAAGAAGCGGCUAGGCGAAUAGUUCAUACAUUUUUCCAUUUAAUGCCUAAAGGCUCCACAGUAAGUCACCGACGACGUUUUGAACGAGAUUUUGGUCCACAACCUGGAGAUACCGACAAAGAGAAGAAAAAGGGUAGAAAACCUAAAGAUUAUGAAGAAUGGUUCAGUGGUAAUUCAAGUGACAAUUUUCGUAUUGGUAUGGCAUUUUCUAAAAAGUCCGUAAAAUUGUAUUCUGCAUUCCGUGAUUCCGAUAUAAUUCUAGCUUCUCCUUUGGGAAUUAAAACUGUUCUCGAUGAUGAAGUAGAGAAAGAAGCUGAUGUUCAAUAUAUCAUAGCAUCUAUCGAAUUGUUGAUUAUCGAUCAAGCUGAAGUGUUAUUAAUGCAAAAUUGGGCUACUGUACAACAGAUUGUCUCUUUACUCAAUCAACGUCCAACUGUUCCUGUGUUUGCAUCAGCUGCACGUAUUCGAUUAUGUUACUUAGCUGGUUAUGGUAAACGUUAUCGUCAAACUCUACUAUUCUCUGCCGUAUCAAAUUUUUUGAUCACAUUAUUAUCAGGUGAAUGUGAAAAUUUUCAAGGCAUGAAUUAUAUACCACCAUUAUCAUAUUACCCUGAUUUGUAUCCAACAUUUUUACCCGAUUGGGUACGUGUUCCUGGACUGAAAGCAUCUAUUCGAACUGGACAGAAACGUCAACAUUCAGAUAUGAAUGCUAUAAAGGAAGAAGAUAAAUCAUUAACAAAUUAUAACUUCAAGUUACAUUUAAUUUCAUUUGUAGUUCCUGGACAAGUUUCUGUUAAAUCAUCUUGUACAAAAUUGGUCAGUGAAAAUAAUCAAUCAGAUUCAGACGAUGAGACAGAAAUAUCACCUAAGACGACAACUGAUAAUUCUCUUCAUUGCCUUUCUAAUUCCUUAAAAAUAGAUUCAUCAACAAAUUCACUAUUAUUAUCUACUAAAACACUUGGAUUCACUGAUUACGCAUAUUUAUCAGGACGUAAUGUUUCUAUAGCUCGAUUAAAUGCCUUUAAACAACGAAUAUUACCUAGGCUACGUCGAGGUUCAGAUCCUCGUGUUCUUAUAUAUGUGCCAGAUUUCUACGAUCUUGAAGAAUUGCGCCAAAUUUUAAUUGCUGAGUCUUUGGAUUUUUGUUGUAUUAAUGAAUAUACAGAAGACUCAGAAGCUGAACGAUUUCGUACCUUGUUUGGUGAUGGUCGUAUUCGUAUUUUGUUAAUAACUGAGCGCUAUUACUUCUUUCGAAGGCGAAAAAUUCGUGGUCCUCAAACAUUUAUUUUUUAUGGUCCACCAACAUUUCCAUGGUUUGUCAAGGAAUUAUACGAUUUCCGACAUUCAGAAAGCGAAAUACAAUACAAUAUGACUAUACUCUAUUGUCAUCCGAUAGAAACUCAUACUGUAUCUAUGAUAACUGGUUCAGUAGAAUUUUAAUAAUAAUGAUACUUUCAUGUGUAAA